AUGAAUGGUUCAAUUUCUAUGCAAUCCAAAUUUGACGAGAUCCGCGCUAAAAUCGAACAAAAGCUGGAAGGAAAAGAUUCAGGAAUAGUAAAGAUCAGUUUUCCAGUUGGAGAACUUGGCAACCUUAAAUUAUGUGAAGAUAUCCAUCAUGCCUUCAGCGCUGAAAUAAUCGGAGAUAAUUUAUUCAUCAAAUUUAAUGGUGCAGAAAAAGAGAUCAUCCAUCGAAAACUAACAAAUUCGUUUGAAAACCAAAAUCAAGAUUGGUUGGCAAGUAGCAACACUAUAUGUGUAGUUAGAAACAAACAGUACAGAUCUGAUAUCGGUGUGUGGUUUCGACCCCUAACUAAACAACAAAAAAAGAAUCCGAUCAUUUAUGCAUGUCCACCUCCAAACCUUUGGAUCGAGGUAUUCUACAACAAUGAAAGCGAUCGUAGUCAUGCAUUUAACAAGAUUAACUGGCUUCGGCAGAAUGCGAAUAUGACUGGAAUUGAAUUUGUGGCGAUAGGUCUUCCUUCUGGGACCAAUUUUAGCUCUAAUCCUAAUCCCGAAAAUAUCAUGGUUCAUGCAACUAGUCAAAUUGCACGACUUACCAGAGCCCCAUACAUAUGUCAUUGGGAUUUAAAUUUCAAUGAAAUAUGGUACAAAAUGGAUUGGAAUCAAUUUAUUAUCCUUAGAUGUGAAUUGAAUGCCAAACUCAUAGCUGAUAUUGCUGAACUUAGAAAGGAAAAUAUAAAAUUAAAACAAGAUAAAGAAGAGAUUGAAGCCAGAUUCAUAAAACUGGAGCAGAGCGAUAAAGAAAAAACUGACCUUAUUGCUAAACUAGAUCAGAGUGAUAAAGAAAAAAUAACCUUAUUGCUAAACUAG